AUGGGUGACUUACCACCAGAUAGAAUGAAGCCUCAGCGAGCAUUUUCAGUUUCAGGGGUCGACUUUGCUGGGCCUAUAACCACACUCGUAAACAAGGGUCGAGGAAGGAAGACCAACAAGUCCUACAUCGCCGUGUUUGAUUGCUUUUCAACCAAGGCCAUUCAUCUGGAGGGAGCAAAUAAUGAGUUGCUGGAAUUAUACCAGUUGCUAGAAACUGAGUCUCAUAAUUCCAUCAAUGACUUUUGCAGCGUUCGGAAAAUAGAUUGGAGUUUCAUUCCACCUUUAGCUCCACACAUGGGAGGACUUUGGGAGGCGGGAGUGAAAUCAUGUAAAUUCAAUUUGAAACGAAUGAUCGGAUUGACUCUUCUCACGUUCGAGGAAUUAUGCACCGUUCUGGAGCAAAUCGAAGCUUGCAUAAACUCACGACCUUUGUGUUCAUUGCCUUCAACGCUAUUUGAUUUACAGCCUUUAACGCCAGCUCAUUUCCUAAUCGGGGAACCGCUCACCAACUUGCCUGAUCCUGACAUCAAGAAGUUCCCAUGA